GAGCGCACAAGGACUGUUUAUCAUAGACAAUUUAUUUUCCAGCGCUAAGUCAACAUAUAAUAGCAAACUUACAACAAUUAUUUAACAUUUGUAAAGCCAUGAAGGGACAGAGCACGGAGCCGCCGGGGAGAGCGGCGGAGCGGGAGUCAGACGCACCGCGGGCUCCCCGGGAGGGCCCUCGCGGCGCGGGGCGCAGUCCCUGAGCCCCCGGGUCGCCCGCGUCGCGGGGAGCGCGGCGCCGGCUCCCGCUCGCCAUGAGCCGCCUCUUCGGUCCCCGGCUGCCCGCUCUGGCCGCCUCGCCCAUGCUCUAUCUCUACGGCCCCGAGAGACCCGGGCUGCCUCUGGCCUUCGCCCCCGCGGCCGCUCUGGCCGCCUCGGGCCGCGCGGAGCCCCCCCAGAAGCCGCCCUACAGCUACAUCGCGCUCAUCGCCAUGGCCAUCCAGGACGCGCCGGAGCAGAGGGUCACGCUGAGCGGCAUCUACCAGUUCAUCAUGGACCGCUUCCCGUUUUACCACGACAACCGGCAGGGCUGGCAGAACAGCAUCCGCCACAACCUGUCGCUCAACGAGUGCUUCGUCAAGGUGCCCCGCGAGAAAGGGCGGCCGGGCAAGGGCAGCUACUGGACGCUGGACCCGCGCUGCCUCGACAUGUUCGAGGAUGGCAACUACCGGCGCCGGAAGAGGAAGCCCAAGCCAGGCCCAGGGGCCCCCGAGGCCAAGCGGGCCCGCGCGGAGACCCACGAGCGCGGCGGCGCAGAGGCGCAGCCCGGGGCGGGCAGCGGGGCAGGGCGCCGGGGCCCCGCCACCCCCCGCCGCGAGGGCGCGCCCGCGCGCCCCUCGCCCCUCGGGGGCGGCUCCUCUCCGCCCGCGCCCCUCCGCUGGCCCGGGCCCGUGUCCCCGGCGGAGGACGUGGGCGACGCUGUCCAGGGCGCGGCGGCGGCGGCGGCGGCCUUGGCCACGGGCCAGCCAGCGCGCUCGGUGGAUGGUCCGGGGUCCCCUCCGCGCCCUGCCUCCCACAGCUCUCCCAAGAGCUCCGACAAGUCCAAGAGCUUCAGCAUAGACAGCAUCCUGGCGGGACGGCAGGGCCAGGAGCCCGCCGGAGGGGCCGAGCUCCCGGGGGGCGCCAAGCCUGCGCCCCGCAGCUGUCUGGGUGCCUCGCUUCUGGCCACCUCUGCGAGCCUCCCUCCGCCUUUCAACGCUUCCCUGAUGCUCGACCCGCACGUCCAGGGCGGCUUUUACCAGCUCGGGAUCCCUUUCCUCUCGUAUUUCCCUCUGCAGCUUCCAGACACGGUGCUUCACUUCAGUAAAGCAAACGGUGGCGGUUCCUUCCCCUACCCUGGUCUGAGCUUGUGAGCGGCCGGGUCCCAUCGGGUCCCAUCACCGGCGGGAAGGAGUCACGGUUUUUAAAAAACGAGCAUUUCUUCUGCAACGUGUGGAUCCCGGGAAGUGUUACCAACUUUUGCGCGCAGGUGGGCAGGGUCUCCUGCCUCCUCCAAGGUGAGGUGGACUUUCCCAGAACCCGGAGCACCUUCGGAGAUUUAAAAGACCCCGUCCCACUAGGACUUGGGCAUCUCAGACCUCCUGCGGAGACAGCAGGAGACUUCCUUGACCUCAGGGCAGUCUAAGGGCAUGAUCUCCCACUCCCCACCUCGGGUCCUGCGUGUCCAGAGCAGCAAGGGCCCAGACUACCCGACAGCAGGACCCACAGAUGCGGUGAGGGUGGUUUCAAACAGAACCACCAUCUAUCUGACGGGGGGCCAGCUCCCUUGUUUGUCCCUGUGGCCCAGGUCUUGGCUUUGAAUCUGUGGGGUGAUGGGUGUCCACAGCUGGGUUUGUCCCUGAAGUUCCGGUGUGGGGGCACCAGGAGCGACCUCUGUUUUUCAGGUUCUUCACGAGAUCUAGGGCCUGGUGAGGAUUUAAGACCAAUGUCCAGGUGGACGGCUAAGAAAUCACAUUUCUAUUUUAAAUAGAGAAUUUCUCUCUUUUUUUUCUCUCUAGACAUUUUUACUGGGGAUAUGCUAUAUUCUUUGGCUAGAUGCUUGACUUUUUCCUACAACGAUGGCCCUGUGAAAAUUCUAUGUUAACAACCCCUAUUAAGAAAGUGCACUCUAUACGAUAGCGUUUUGUUGUGUUACGAUAGCUUGCCAGUCAAUUCUCAUGAUCUCCAAGACAUGUUACCAACAUUCGCAGGCAUCCCGUCUUGUUGCUUCUGUUUUUAAGGGAUCAAAAGAUAGCAGGGGACACCGGAAGUGUGUGACGAGGAGGGAAGGUGUCGUAGACAAGACAAGACUUUCCAUGUGCAUGUUUUUUUUCAAGCUCUGGGUUUGCGUUUUGCUACGUUUUCCAGAAUUGCAUAGUAAAGGACCACUUUUCCUUAAGAAAGUUGGAUGGAAACAAACACACAAGCAGAUACUGGGAGAGAUGGGUCAUGCUGGGCAGAGAAAAGGAAUCUUCUGAUGAUAUCUGCUGGAGGGUGCCUCUCUGGACCCCAAAGAACAGGAGGCUCAGGGGGAGGGUUCUAUCAGACAUCCUCUCUCUAAGCCUCUACCCUUGGGCCUAGAGCCGGCAGCUAAAUAAACACCUUAUGGAGGUGACUGGAAAUCUCGGGGGGGGGGGGGGGGGGGGGAGCAGGAAGGCGGGGGCGGGGGGAGGGAAGUGCUCUGCAACAAAGAUCUGCUUAAGAAAAUGGAGAUUUUUACAGCCCAGUUCAGCUUGAAACUUUUGGGAAGCGCAUCUAACCUCUUACAGUAUCUCUCUUUGGGUUGCGUUGGGUGGGAAACUGGGUUUUCUGAGCCUCCAGGUUACUUUAUUUAUCUGAUGUGGGAAAAGGCACAAUAAGUCAUGAGUCCUGGAGGUAAACUGAGAUAGAUCUCCCAAAUAACUUUUAAAAUGAUUUCCAGGACUUACAGAAAAAUGAACACAAGCUUUACAACAGGAGAGCCUAGUGGCUAAUAUAUUCGGAAGGACAUUUCAGAUGAGCAUAAUCAUUUAAUUAUUAGUAAGCACAGAGUUGGCUUCCCGAGAAUUUAUCCCUAAAGCCAUGUGCUACCGAUGCAUAAAUUUCCUCGAGCACGUUCUACCCAGGUUGGUGGGAACAUUUUGGUGAGCUGGAGAGUAUCCUUGAUUUUAAGAACUUUGACAAGAUCCCACUGUUGACAUCCAGGCUCACUGCGAUUAACACACGGGGCAGUGGCAGGCCUGUCUCGAUAUGUUGUUAUCCCAGAGUCUCAGCCCCUGUGAAUAAAGUUGUCUUUUCAUUAA